UGGCUCCUUCAUUGCUGUCAACAAGCUUGAAAAGUGAACACGUAGUGCAGUGUGUGCUGUCCGCAGAUCCAUAUCAUUUCUCAUAUUAUUUUCUUUAUCGAGAAAAAAAAAAUCUCGCUGCUUAGCGUUCGAAGCUGUGUGAAUUUCGACUAUUAUUUAUAGUUUUUGGUGUGAAUUUUUGUGUUGCAAGAAGUACCUGAAUCUUACCGGAAGCGGAUAUGUUUCGACUGGGACAAAUUGUGGUCAGAAAUAGCCAAAAGGUGAAAGCCAUCGAGAUCCGAAGAUGCCUCUCAGCGGCUCCACAGGUCAAGCGUGCCGACAACCAGCCGGCCGCCAAUGCCGACAAAAAGCCCAACAUGUCGUUCCUGACGAACAUUUUUCUCGGUGAGGUACAACCCACUCAAGUCUUCCCCUACCCAGAAGUGCUGGACGCCGAGCAGAAGGAAUACGUCGCGGCGUUCGUCGAUCCGGUGACAAAGUUUUUUGAGGAAGUCAACGAUCCUGUUAAGAACGACACAAAUGCUCACAUUGACGACAAAACCGCCGAGGCUCUGUGGGAGCUGGGAGCGUUCUCGCUGCAGGUACCACCGGAAUACGGGGGAUUGGGAUUGAACAAUACGCAGUAUUCGCGCAUGUGCGACAUCAUUGGCGGGCAGGAUUUGGGCUUGGGCAUCUUCAUCGGUGCACAUCAAAGUAUUGGCUUUAAGGGAAUCCUCUUGUACGGAACGAAGGAACAAAAGGAAAAAUACCUGCCCAUGGUAUCAACCGGGAAGAAGUACGCUGCUUUUGCGCUAACCGAACCAAGCUCCGGAUCGGAUGCCGGUUCCAUCCGUUGUCGGGCAGUCAAAUCACCGGACGGUAAACAUUACAUACUGAACGGAUCAAAGAUUUGGAUUUCCAACGGGGGAAUUGCUGAAAUCAUGACUGUCUUUGCUCAAACGGAAAUCGAAGAUCCUAAGACCGGUCAAAAAAGGGACAAAGUCACUGCAUUCAUUGUCGAACGAGGAUUCGGUGGUGUUAGCAGCGGUCCACCGGAAAACAAAAUGGGUAUCAAGUGUUCCAACACGGCGGAGGUGUACUUCGAAGAUUGUAAAAUACCCAUCGAAAAUGUACUGGGAAAGGAGGGCGAUGGGUUCAAGGUUGCCAUGAAUAUUCUCAACAAUGGACGGUUUGGCAUGGGUGCUACCCUAUCCGGAACCAUGCGAGCCUGCAUACAAAAGGCUACCGAACAUGCAACGAACCGUGUCCAGUUCGGACGCAAGCUGGAAACAUUCGGAGGUAUCCAGGAGAAGCUGGCUCGCAUGGCAAUGCAUCACUAUGCAACGCAGUCGAUGGCCUACAUGGUUUCCGGUAAUAUGGACUCGGGAUCGACGGAUUAUCAUUUGGAGGCAGCCAUUUCCAAAGUGUUCGCUUCCGAGUCGGCGUGGUACGUUUGUGACGAGGCUAUUCAAAUUCUGGGCGGUAUGGGAUUUAUGAAAGAUACCGGAGUGGAGCGCGUUAUGCGAGAUUUAAGAAUCUUCAGAAUAUUCGAGGGAACCAACGACAUUCUGAGGUUGUUUGUUGCGCUGACUGGUAUACAGUAUGCAGGAUCUCAUUUGAAGGAGCUACAGCGAGCUUUUAAAAACCCUGCCGCCAAUCUGGGGUUGAUUUUCAAGGAAGGAUCAAGACGGGCAAUUCGCAGCAUUGGCUAUGGAGGAUCUGACCUGACACCGUUCGUUCCAGAUCAAUUAAAAGAAGCUUCCAAGCAGUGCUCCGAGGGCAUUGAUCUCUUUGGUAAAGCGGUGGAAACACUGCUGAUCAAGCACGGUAAAGGUAUCGUAGAGGAGCAGUACAUGCUUAAUCGAUUGGCCGACGCUGCCAUUGACAUCUACGCGAUGGCUGCCGUGCUUUCGAGAGCUUCUCGAGCGGUCAACAAAAGCCUACCUUCUGCUGAGCAUGAGUCACUGAUGGCCCAGAGUUGGUGUCAUGAGGCUGCCGAUCGUGUCCGCGUAAACAUUCGCAAAAUCAAUACCGAUUCGUAUGCCAAGAACUGCGGCAAGAUGUCGCAAAUCGCCAAAAACAUUUGCGCUAACAAUGGAAUAGCACACAACAAUCCGUUGGAUAUUGAUUGAGGUGGUUGCAUUGGGGAAUGAUGGUAGAGUGGGAUAUUAGUUAUAAUUAGAAUUUUUUAGCACGGUGAUUCGAAAAGAUUUUCCAGAGAAAAUUUCAAUUAGAGAAUCCUGCACCACUAAAACGAAACUCUCACUAAUCCUUUUAUUUACAGAAAAACGCUGUGAGAUAUGAUUAGACAAUGCUGUUGACUCCACUAAUGCGAACGAAUGUAAUUUAGCUAGAGAAUUCGAGAGAUAUUAUUGAGUAACUUAUGGUUUUAGCAGUUGAAAUUGUAGAUGAAGGAUUUAUGUUUGUAAUGAUUGCUGUAUAUACAACUGUAAGUCGAAAUAGUUUGCUUUAUAUAGAGCAUAAUAAAAUUGUUUUCAAUGUAAAAAUCCAAUUGCAAAUAACAGCUACCUAUCCACCUUGGACUUACCGAAAA